CCUCCCCCUUCUUCCCGACACUCGCUUUUAAUCACACACAAUGUUACGCGACGCUGCGGCCACCGCAGCCUGUCUACUAUUAGGCCUGUCUCAACUGGCAAACGCAGCAUGCGAGUGCGGCUACUCGGUCAACAAGACGUCCGACAGCGAAUUCGCCGUCUUCACCGACCUCAUCGAGAACGACUUCCUGCACAUCAACACCGAGAACCUCACCGAGUACGGCUGGCAGCCCCAGGAAUACAACGUGACCGCCGAGGCCGCCCGAGGGAAAUUCGGCAAGCAGAUGACUGUGGAAAACUCCCAGACGAACCCCUUCAAGGACGCGAAUGCUUGGAGCGGCGCGACGGAUCAUAGCGGCGACCCGGGCCUGCAGCUGUGGGUGCGAGCGGACCAUUCCAAUGGCCUCAUCGGAGGCGCCGAGCUGGCACACCUCCGCAACGACUCGCGCUAUGGCAGUUUUCGCGUGGGGAUGAAGAUGUCCGCCGUGAAUGGCACCUGCGGCGCCUUCUACUGGUACUUUGAUGACUCGCAGGAGAUCGAUAUGGAGUUCCUCAGCAAGCAGUUCAACGACUCCCAAGGCGCCGUGAACCUGGUCCUUCAGUCGCCCGAUUCCGCCAAACUCCUUGAUGCCUCGAAUACCUCGACUUUCAGGGUCGCCCCGCUGCCUUUCCGCCCCGAUGAGAUGUACCACGAGUAUCGCUUCGAUUGGAUGCCCGACAAGGUUCAGUUCUACGUCGACGGCGAGUUUCUCUGGGAGAUGACCGAGCACGUUCCCGUCAAACCCAGCCGGCUGUUCUUGAACCACUGGAGCAACGGUGAUCCGCACUGGUCUGCCGGCCCCCCGGAGAAGGACACCCCCAUGACCGUCUCCUACGUGAAAGCCUAUUUCAACUCGACCGACGAGGCACGAGCCAAGGUGCACACGCAGAACUGCCCUACCUUUGACCCCGCCAAGGUGUGCCCUAUCCCCGCCCAAAAAGGCGCUCCCGAUGGAGCCAACAUGGAGACCUACUUCUUCUCCAAGGACAAGACAGAAAACAAGACGCCUGGCCAGAACCUCUACAAAUCCGGCGCCACUUCCAACCUUCUCGGCUCAUCGACCACAUUCAUCACCUUCUUACCACUAAUACUAGCACUGUUCAGCUGCGCAUUUUCCUUGUAACAAAAGUUUACCGGAAUUUGUGGUCCUCACCCAAAACCGGCCGGUCGCCACAUAGACCGCGUUCUACGUUCCUUUACCGAUCUAGAUCCCUUGUUGGGUCUCGAAGUAUAUCCCAGCAUACUAUACCGUUUCGUCCUUUCCCGCACCAGUCAUGAGCACCUUUACGAGGCUACGGCGUUGGCUAGAGCAUCUCAUCGAUCAUCGUCAUCGACAUCACAUUCCCUUCUUCUUCUUCGAGAACCCGACCGACAGAGACCUUUUUUCCAAACACC